AUGGAGCCAGAAAUAUCUAGUUUCGUAAAAGCUCAGUAAGGAUAUUUAUGGUCUCAACCAUGUCAUGUAAACCAAGUGCCUCUGGGCUAAAUGGCAUUCUACUGUUCCCCCAUGAACAAGGGGAAUGGAAGGUUUGAUCCUGUUCAGGAUAUCCAGGAGGCUGAUUUGCCGGAGUCUUUUGUUAGAGGUCUUUCAACUGCACAUAUUCCUGGGAGGGCUCAGUUUGUCUAUGAUACCUAUCCCGAAUCCAAUAAUUCAUUAGAAGUGUUUGAAAAUUCUUUUGGAGAUCUGACCUUCUACUUGGAUGGAGCUCACAGUACUGAAAGCAUGGAGGCUUGUGCCAAGUGGUUCUCUAGUGCUGUGAAAGGAAACCAGAUAUCAUCUGCUUCUUCAUUUAAGCUAAAAAAUCUAGAGGGAGUUUGGGGAAAUGGUCACAUCCGACAUGGAAGUGGGAGCAUGGAGGAGUCUAACAAACUAAUAAAGCAGAUUCUUUUGUUCAAUUGCAUGGACGUGAGACACCCACAUAUUUUGCUUCCACGGCUUGUGAGUACAUGUGCUUCAGGAACUCAUUUCGCAAAAGCCUUUUUUGUCCCAAGUAUGUCAACUUAUAGCAAGGUUACUCCUGGAGCAACCAUUCCUUCAGAUAUCUGUGGCAGGGAUUUGUAUUGGCAAUUUAACCUUCAGAUGCUUUGGGAGAAGAUUAUCCACGGGAAAGAAGUAGAUACUUUACGUGACAAGGGUGCCAAGAUGGACAAUGCUAAGAUUUUACCUCAUGAAUUUCUUUAUGAGGAUGCUUCUCGUUGCAGUCCUGCAGAUAAUUACUUUGCUUGCAGUGCAGUAAUGCCUUCAUUGCCAUUGACAAUAAAGUGGCUGCGGGAUUGUGUGAAACAAAACCCAUCCUUAAAAGUUCUGGUUCUUGUCACUGGAUCAUUGCAUCUGGUUGGAGAUGUACUAAAACUAUUGAAAAGAUGAUAUAAAUUAAAGACGGCGCCAAGUGCCAACAACACAGAUAAUACAAAACGUUCUUUUGCUCAUUUGCCUAACAUUACAUUUUCAUACCACAUUGUUAAAGCUGCUGAGGUUCUCAAUGCUUCUUUUGUAUGUAACAUUAUGAUUAUUGCUUGUUAUAAGGUACUUGAUGUAUGUACCAUUAAGAAAAAAUAAAUUGAUUUAUAAUUUGUUAAUUGUUAAACCUGAAAAGUUUAAUUUCUUUUAUGAAACAGACUUUGAUUGG